AUUGUCCAAACGCUGUGUAAUGGCAUUACCUACAGCCCUGAUACGAAUGUCAUCAGAAAGAUUUGUUGUGAACAUACAUACCGAUAAAAUUAUUUGCACGCGUGUAAAAUCCUUUCACAUAAACGAAUAUAUUAAUGUCGUUGCAGGUAUUUAGAGCAUUUACACCACUACGCUCCGCUUCAGCGCUAUUGUGGAAAUCGAAUGGGAAGUAUUGCAUUAGCGACUGCAUAUUGAACAUUGCCAACAAAGCACCAUUUAGUUUCCAACACAAUACUGCAGAUCCAAUUCUCAAAUCUGAUACAAAUACUUCAAGUGCAAAAGGGUCAACUUUAAAUUCCAAUUGGGGCACAAAGAAAAAUAAACGAAAAGUAAGGUUACGCUUUACCGACAUCAUGAGUAAUCCAGAGAUUGAAGCAAAGCUAGCACCAUUGCGUGCUGCGGUGUUGGAGCAAGGUAAUUUGGUGCGCGAACUAAAAGUUAAAGGUGCGCCAGAGAUCGACGUUAAACGUGCUGUCGCCGAAUUAAAAGCUCGUAAAAAGAUAUUGGAGGACCGUGAGCUGGAACUUACACCAAGUGUCGUAACUUUUGAUCGUUCGAAAAUGGAGGACUUGCUUAAACGUCGUUUCUUUUAUGAUCAAAGUUUUGCAAUUUACGGUGGUAUCACAGGCCAAUAUGAUUUUGGUCCAAUGGGCUGUGCGCUGAAGUCGAACAUUCUCUCAUUGUGGCGUCAAUUUUUUGUCUUAGAGGAGCAAAUGCUUGAAGUAGAUUGUUCAAUAUUAACACCAGAACCCGUUUUGAAAGCUUCUGGACAUGUGGAUCGAUUUGCCGAUUUGAUGGUGAAAGACGUUAAAACUGGUGAGUGUUUCCGUCUUGAUCAUUUGAUAAAGAAUGCUUUGGAAAAAUUAUCAAAGGAGAAAACUGCAACACCAGAAGUAAAAGCCGAGUGCGAAGAUAUUGUUAUUAAACUUGAUGGCAUGAAUAAGCAAGAGAUGUCUGACGUGCUUGCAAAGUACAACAUCAAGUCACCAUUAACUGGCAAUGAUUUGACUGAACCCAUUGAAUUCAAUUUAAUGUUUGCUACGCAAAUUGGUCCUACUGGUUUAGUGAAAGGCUUCUUACGUCCAGAAACGGCACAAGGUAUUUUUGUAAAUUUCAAGCGUUUACUUGAAUUUAAUUCAGGAAAAUUACCAUUUGCUGUUGCUCAAAUUGGUAAUUCAUUCCGUAACGAAAUAUCACCACGCUCCGGACUUAUUCGUGUUCGUGAGUUCACAAUGGCGGAAAUUGAACACUUUUGUGAUCCCACCCUUAAAAAUCAUCCAAAAUUCGAAAGUAUUGCCGACACACGUUUGACACUGUAUUCGGCAUGCAAUCAAAUGGAUGGCAAAUCGGCACAACAAAUAUCAAUUGGAGAGGCUGUAAGGAACAAUUUGGUGGCGAAUGAAACAUUGGGUUAUUACAUGACAAGAAUUCACCAAUUUCUUUUGACAAUUGGUAUAAAACCAGAAUGUCUACGUUUCCGACAACAUAUGAACAAUGAAAUGGCCCAUUACGCUUGCGAUUGCUGGGAUGCGGAAUGUCUUACCAGCUAUGGCUGGGUAGAAUGCGUUGGCUGUGCCGAUAGAUCCGCUUAUGAUUUGGGUCAGCAUACUCAAGCGACUGGCGUAAGGCUGGUGGCCGAGAAGCGUUUGCCUGAACCCAAAACAAUUGAAGUAUCUGAAAUCGUACCGAACAAACAAACUUUGGGAAAAACGUUUAAAAAAGACGCGAAAUCAAUUACAGAUGCUUUGUCCAAACUUUCUUUGAGUGAUGUGAACGAAGUGGAACAAAAUUUGAAAGAAAAGCAAGUAUAUGUGCUCUCUCUGCAAAAUGGUAGUGAGUUCAAACUGACUGCUGAUAUUAUAUCCGUCAAACACAGCACUAAAACUGUGCAUGUCGAGGAAAUUACACCAAGUGUCAUUGAGCCAUCUUUCGGCAUUGGGCGCAUUAUGUAUGCUUUGCUUGAGCAGAAUUUCCUAUGUCGCGAAGGUGAUGAACAGCGUUGUUAUUUCACUCUGCCAUCCGUGGUUGCGCCUUUAAAAUGUUCAAUUUUGCCGUUGUCUAAUAAUGCUGAUUUCAAUCCAUUUAUACGUCAGUUAUCACUUGCGUUAACCAAGGCAGAGCUUUCCCAUAAAGUGGACGAUUCAAGCGGAUCUAUUGGCCGUCGGUACGCGCGUACUGAUGAAAUAGCCAUUCCAUUUGGCAUCACCAUUGACUUUGAUACGCUAAAGGAACCUCACACUGUAACUUUAAGAGAUCGCGACUCUCUUAAGCAAGUACGUAUUGGAAUUAACGAAGUUAUAGAUGUGGUCAAAGAUCUGUCUACUGGAAAAGUACUUUGGUCUCAAAUUAUGGAAAAAUACCCCGUAUUCGAACAACAAGAAGCUACAAAGUAAAUAAAGUCAUGCAUUUGAACAAUAAAUAUAAACAUUUGUAAAGUUUUCGAUUUUUUUUAAUUUUAGAAACUUAUGUUAUAAUAUUAUCCAAAUCAAGCUUAAAGCAUAAAUAUAAAUUUGAAACCGCUUUAAUACGAAUAUUCAAA